AUGCAGCAUAAGACCCGCAACGCUGGCACAGCACUAGCGAUACUUGCGGCACUAACCCUUGCCAGCUCGGCCCAACUCCAUGAGUUAACCAAAACCAUCGCAAGCGCUUGCGACGCUGCAGACCACCUGCAGUGGAUGAUAAACCACAUUGACAGAACUGUAGCUGAGCAAGAACGGCAGAUUGCCGACGGCCAAAAAACACUCGCAAGGGCGACGGCAGCUGCCCUGCUGACGGCGAACGCGGGAUCGGCCCUGUGGGCUCCGCUGCUAGCGACUAUAGCAGAGAAACUUGAAGCGGCGCAUACGGCACUGCAGACAGCGAAAAAGGCAGCCAGAACCGUCAUUCCCAAUUUAGGCGAACUCAAAGGAGCAGAACAAACUGUCUACGAGCUAACAGACCUCGAACUAAGUGCCCACGCGGACCAGGCGUCGGCGACGUUCCUUGGCAGCAACGGUGUACACCUGAUAGCAUCACCCAUAAACCGGCAGGAACCCAAGUGCACGUCGGAACUAAACAAGAGCCCGAGACAAAAGGCAGGACAACCGCGUACGCACGACGCAAAGACGACAAUCGACAUAUAUCAGGCAGAAACAAUCGCAAAAUCAGCAACAAAAACGACCGGCCCACGGCUCUGUUCCAAAAGCGGUGCGACUGCCAGCGAUUGCGCUGACCACAAUGGCGCACAGACAAACAACAUGCGGAUCACGGGCGGAAAAAUCCUCAGAUCGAAAAAGGUAACUUACGAAUCAGCAAACGAUGCCAGACCAGAGUUCAAGGCGGAAUCAGCGCACACAACGACCAAAACCGUCCUGCCCACAACGCAAUACGUAACAGCGAAACUAGCAGGGCUUGCACCGAUCGAAGACAAGCUAUCAAAGCUAAACUUCAAAGCAAGCACGUUAAAAGACGUUGGGAUGACGAAGGAACCAACCUUCAAGAAAAUAGCAGCAGCGAUUUACUUACCCGAUGUAAGCCCAAGCGAGCUUCAAAGCAAAGACCAGGACUUAACUCAACUGGUCGAAAAACAUUAUGGCAACGAACAAGGCACAUUCGACAACAAAGUGUGGGGCACCUUAGCUACACUAGGGAUCCCAAAGGCCGCAUUGCUGGCAACAGACGACCAGAAGGUAGGAUCCACAGACAACCUGGCACAGCUACAAGCAGCCGUGGCUUAUUCCAUUAUUCGGCUAACAAAAUCUAAAACUGACAAGCCCUCAGGCACGACCAACAAUAAAGAGGAGGAAAAUGGUAACAAAGCAGAUGCAUCAGCAGACAAAACAGGAGAUAAGUCAGACGGGAAUUAA